AUGACCUCCAAAAAAGAACGUAAGAUAGGCAUCAUCAUGAAUGGUGUAACUGGCCGGAUGGGAACGAAUCAACAUCUGAUUCGCUCAAUCUGUGCGAUACGUUCACAGGGCGGCCUCAGGCUUCAUGAUGGGACUGUUGUAAUCCUUGAGCCCGUUCUGGUAGGGAGAAAUUUGGAAAAGCUUCAGCAGCUAGCUGAUGCGCAAGGAUUGGAACGAGUGUCAACCGAUCUUGAUUCAGAACUACAAAAUAGCGACAACCUCAUUUACUUCGAUGCCCAAACAACUGGGAGGAGAGCGGAGGCGGUGAAAAAGGCGCUGGCCGCUGGUAAGCAUGUAUAUUGUGAGAAGCCCAUCGCCGUCUCAGCAGAAGAAGCAUAUGACUUAUAUCAUGUGGCGAAAGAGUCCGGGCUUAAGCAUGGGGUGGUCCAAGACAAGCUGUUCCUUCCUGGCUUGUUGAAAUUGAGGGGACUCAUCGAUAGUGGCUUCUUUGGGCGUAUUCUCUCUGUGCGAGGAGAGUUCGGGUACUGGGUGUUCUCAGGACUUGGGCCUGCGGCACCACAACGGCCGAGCUGGAACUUUCGUGCAGAGGACGAUGGAGGCAUCAUCAGCGAUAUGCUUUGCCACUGGGAAUAUGUGAUAAGCAACCUCUUUGGCGCAAUAAAAUCGGUGUCUUGUCUAGGGGCGACACAUGUCACCGAACGAGUGGAUGAGCAAGGGAACAAAUAUCAGUGUACGGCUGAUGACUCGGCGUACGCCACAUUCGAAUUGAAGAACGGAGUCAUUGUUCACUUCAACUCAUCCUGGGCAGUGCGGGUGAAACGAGAUGAUCUGUUGACCAUUCAAGUCGAUGGUAUGAAUGGGUCUGCAGUGGCAGGACUAAGAGAUUGUGUUGUGCAAGCUGAUAGCGUGACACCACGGCCCGUAUGGAAUCCUGACAUCGAGAGUAAGAUCAAAUAUCAAGAUGCUUGGACCAAAAUCCCGGACUAUGAGGUUUUCGAUAAUGCGUUCAAGGUCCAGUGGGAACAAUUCUUGCUGCAUGUACUGGAAGAUGGCCCAUGGCAGCAUGAUCUAUUGCAAGGAGCCAAAGGUGUUUCAUUGACUGAGAAGGCUAUUGAGAGCUGGAAACAACGGCGAUGGAUUGACGUACCCGAGUUGCUUGUAUGA